ACCAUAAUAAAGAUUACUUUGAAACUAAAAUUUGUGGUUUGUACAGUGUACCGAUUGCGAGAGAGUUUAGCGUCAGGGAAGAGAAUCGAGAUGAAGACCCGGCGGCGUCUGCUGGCGACAUCACCCUGUGUUUUGCUGUUGGCAGCGUUGGCUACUUGUGACCUGCAAGUUGUUUCCAAGGAAGUGCCUCCAAAAGACCCCCCACUAAAUCUUCCAGAAUCAAAAACGAAAUUGGUGCCUGACAAAGGACUGAAGCUCCCUCCUCAGGCUAAGGAUGCCGGCAAAUUGGCCUCGUUCGACCCGCAAAUCGUUGGCGGCAAGGGUGCGUAUCGUGGUCAGUGGCCGUGGCAAGUGUUCGUCACCGUGGACAAAACAUCUCUUUGCGGCGGCUCCCUAAUUUACCCCCAGUGGGUCCUCACUGCUGCACAUUGCGCCGACACGUACACGAAUUUCACCCUGCAAUUGGGCGCCGUGGAUCGCAAUUCGUUUGAAAACGGUAGAGUGACCGUGGGGACGACUCAAAAGUUUGUGCAUCCAAACUAUAACAGAGUGAAUAUCAAUAACGACAUCGCUCUCCUCAAACUACCGGCCCCUUUGUUCCAAACGUCUACUGCUUUUAUUGGUUCUGUGAAGCUUCCAACGGAUCAAAAGAACACAUACGAAGGCCAAAUGGCAACAGCAAGUGGCUGGGGCAAACUAGAUGACUCCUUGUCGAUCACACCAGUGCUGCAGUACGUGAGCAUGCCGGUGAUCAGCAAUUCAAAAUGCGUCAACGUCUUUGGAUCUGCCUACGUUAUCAACUCAAACAUCUGCACCGACACGACUGGCUCCAAGUCGACCUGUCAAGGUGAUAGCGGUGGGCCCUUGGUGCACUUCAACUCAACGACCCGCACGUACACGCUGAUUGGAGUUACGUCCUUUGGUGCGCAGGACAACUGCGGAACAGGAAAAUACCCUGCCGUGUUCACCAGGGUGUCCUCCCAUCUGGCUUGGAUUGCCAGCACCGUUGCCUCGCAAUCGUUUCUUGGUUAAUAAUAAUGACUAAUUUGAGGCGACUUUUAAUUAGAAAAUAUCAGAAUAAAAAAGCUUUGUUAAUUGCAUAUAUCAA